GUGACAAGAAACGCUCACGUUUAACCAUCUGUAAAGUUAUUUGAGAUCAAGAUGGCAGACAUGGACGUUGAUACUCCUGCGCCUUCCAAGAAGGAAGCAAAGGAUGACGGGAAGCAACGAUUCGAAGUAAAGAAGUGGAAUGCAGUAUCUCUUUGGGCAUGGGAUAUCGUCGUCGACAACUGCGCUAUCUGCAGAAAUCAUAUCAUGGAUCUCUGCAUUGACUGUCAAGCAAAUCAGGUAUCGGCAUCUACAGACGAAUGUAAUGCUGCAUGGGGUAUAUGCAAUCACGCAUUCCAUUUCCACUGUAUCUCACGUUGGCUCAAAACGCGCAAUGUAUGUCCGCUUGAUAAUCGUGAAUGGGAGCUCCAGAAAUAUGGGCGGUGAUUGUGGCAUGCGCAGCCCUUUUACACCCACGCCUUGUUUCAUUACUGUAAGACGUCGCUAUCCACUGUGUAUCUUAUCAUAGGAGUACGAUUCGCGAUUGCACCAAUCUUUUGGCUGAGCAAUCGUCCGUGGUUGAAGGUCUGCAGGACAAUGACUUGAAUCGGUUAGACGCCCUCUAGUGUUCUCGUCAUCAUGCCUCCGACAGUCCAGGCAGCAAGUGAACCAUCGAGAAGAUAGGUAUAUUGCAAAAUGGUACUCAUGGUACCCUCAUUUCGCACAGCUUCACCACCUUGAAAUAUAACUUCAGUCUGCCCUUUAGUCGUAGUCGAAUAGGUAAGCCCUCACUAAUGGUUGCAGAUACAUAGAGCGGAUGAGUCCGCGCAGGCACCGGAGUGCAC